UGCCGCCAAGGGGCUGUCGACCGGACCUCGACCUGGGAUCCAUCGGCGUGGAUGGACCCCCCUAGUGCUAUGCUCUAGCCAUACUUCCAUUACAUGAUCCCCCUCCUCGUCCUACAUCUAGACCGAGUCGCAGCCAGACACCUCCCAGUUUUCUCACAAGGCUUUUGUGUGAUGACAAUGCGACGGAUGACGGCUGCGUCAACAACAAAGAGAACGAGACCAAUUCUGACCGACGCUGCAGAACCGUCACGUCGAACAUGACGUCCGGAACAACCUAUACAACUCCGUCGCUGGGCUGGGGUUCGGAGCUCAAGCAGUCCACAUCAAGCUCGACUGUAACCACCCGAACACCAGCGGCAUCUUCUUCCUCCCUCUCCUCCGUCACCGACCAUGCAACAUAUCCCCUCAUCCGACAAAACGACCGCAUCUAUCUCCGAGACCCCGAAAACCCAUAUCCGCUACCUUGCGACCUUCCAGAAAUUCAUCGCCAGACGCUGCGUUCAUUGAUGCUUGUGCGCGUAUUCGGUGCACCGUUUUGUACUCCGCAGUUCUCCAAUGCUCCUCCUAAACGAGUGUUGGACUUGGGAUGUGGGUCUGGCCUCUGGUCGAGCAUGUGCCACGAAUAUUUCGCGCAAAAGGGCCACCACGACGUCUCCUUUACAGGUCUGGAUAUCGUGUCGCUGGCGCCUGAUUUGCGUAAGCAGGGAGUAAAUUGGCAAUUCAAAAACCAUGACCUGCGCAAAUCGCGGUUGCCUUUUCCUGAUGGACACUUUGAUUUCGUCUUCAUGAAAGACAUGGGCAUGUCUUCCUUUCGCUUAUCGAACCAAGACUCUCCAUUGAGCGAGCCUUUACGCGUUCUCAAAUCGGGCGGAAUUCUUGAGGUCUGGGAUUCAGAUAUGGUAUUCCGGACAUUGCUCCCCAACCCCGCGCCAGCUCCUGGGCUGUCGGAAAAGGACCAAGAGACCGCCGACACGACCGCGACUUAUACCUUUUCUUCCGCGACACCGUUCGCAAAGCCCCAGAACAAAUAUCUGCAGGAUUACAAUUCCUGGGUAGAGAAAGCCUUCGAUGAGCGCAAGCUCACUGCGAUGCCAUGCGCCACCAUCGGGCUUUCCUUUACCUCUGAAAUGGACGUUUUCAAGAGCGUUGAUAGCCGUCGAAUUGCCAUACCCUUAGGGGAGGUCAGAUGGGAACGAGAAACUCCGACCAGGCAUGCAAGUGGAACCUCGCGGAAAGCAUUGAAUGAAGACCAGCUUGCAUUGCGGCGGACCGCUCUUCAAACAGUAAUCCAGCUGAUUGAAAGUAUGGAACCUAUCCUGAUGGAAGCAAGCGAGAAAAGCAGAGAUGAAUGGGAUAGAUGGUGGACUGCUAUGCAAGGCGACCUUCUCCAGAAAGGAAGUCUCGCUAGCGGAGAAUGUCUCGAAGUGAGUGCCUGGUGGGGUCAGAAAAGAUGAAAGUCCACAUCUCAACUAGGGCAUGGGAAGGAAAAUAAAAUUUCAUACGGUGUUCAGGCGAAUGCGAGACGAGGGCGCCAUGCUUACAUCAUGUUUAGUGAUACCGUGAUACCCCAGAUCUAUUCAUUGCUCUUCUUUUUCUAUUCAUGUAUGCGCUCCCGUCUCUGUCCAUUUAAUCAUUCUUUUCU